CUCCCUAGCAACCAUUUUGGUAUAAACAAUUAUUUUAAUGUGAAUCAUUUUCGUGAAAAAUGUCGAAGUCAGAAAUAUGCGACGAUAACGAUAUUUUUGUUCCGGAAGAUGUAAUGAACGAAGCACUAGAAGCAGUAGGCAAAGUAGUACCAGUAAAAUCCAAAAUAUUAUAUGAAAAAGAGUAUAAUUGUUUUUGUAAUUGGAGAAAUAAAAAGAACGCCCGAGGAGUCGACGAGAAGAUAAUUUUGGCGUAUAUUUCGGAGCGAUCAAAAACUGUAAAAUCGUCUUCAUUGUGGUCAUACCAUUCACAGCUGAAGAAAAUGUUAUUGGUUAAGGAAAAUGUUGAUAUAAACAGAUUCCAUCAAGUAAAAGCAUUUUUGAAGCAGCAUUCUGUAGCACACAGGGCAAAGAAGUCGAAGGUUUUUACACGGGAAGAACUUGAAAAGUUUCUGGAUACUGCUCCUGACGAUAAAUUUUUGUUGUUAAAAGUUGUCCUUAUCAUGGGUGUUGCUGGGGGGUACAGAAUUGGAGAGCUGGUGAGCAUGUCUGUUGAUGAUAUUGACGACAGGGGAAACGUACUAGUCGUCCAGAUUCCAGACACAAAAACAUACAAGCCACGGGUUUUUACUGUUGUUGAUGGUGCUAACCUCGUCCAUUCAAUUGACGUGUUUCGCAAGUACAAGGAUUUAAGGCCAGAAAAAGUUACUCAUAAGCGUUUGUUUUUGAAUUACCAAAAUCAAAAAUGUACCGUGCAGCCUGUGGGUUUGAACACUUUCGCAAAGAUGCCACAAAAAAUUGCUGGAUUUCUGGGUCUUUCCAAUGCGGAACCAUAUACAGGACACAGUUUUCGACGUUCGUCAGCCACACUUCUUGCUGACGCUGGCGCUGACUUGACUGUAUUAAAGAGACACGGCGGGUGGCGCUCAAAUUCAGUUUCGGAGGGAUAUAUCGAGGAUUCCAAUAACAAUAAGAACAAAAAGAACAGGAGAACACAAAAAGACAAAGCACAAGGCGAAAUGGCGAAAAUGACGACCGGCAAUAUCGGCUUCUGUUGUAACCGACAAAAAGAGGAGCGGUAG